GGGUUCUGAGACUAUUUAUGAAUCAAACUAAUAAAUUCAGUAAACAACUGAAGUAUAUUAUUUCUUGCAAUUAAACCAAAGUGUAACUGUUUUAGUUUUUCAUUCCCAAUAUGCUCUCGCUGUUGACCAGGGACCUUCCACACUAUUUUCCUAGAGCCAAUUGAGGUCUUCCAAGACUAAAUUAUAUUAUGGAAGGCUCAAAAUGGGGAGAUUUUUUUAAAAAGACGUUGACAAACGUUGAAUCAAGCCUUGACAAAGUUUUAGAGGUUCCUAGCCAUGAAGGAGGAAGUUCUGAGGCACCGAAGUCUAAAGACGAGGUUAUUCGUAAAUUGGUUGAAGAAGGACAUGCUUUAUCCAAACAUGAAUUAAAGUUGAAUAACACAAUUAAGAAUUUAAGGAAGAAUUUGAAUGAAGCUGAAUCAAAAUUGAAGAGACUGGAAGUUGCAAAGUCGAGAGAGACAUCCGAUACAAAUGAUGAUUCAGAAGUUAACGUUCAAGAACGACUGGGAUCUAUCAAAAAUGAUUAUGAGAAUCGAAUUGUUCUUCUUGAAAAAGAAAACGAGUUAUUAAAGCGCAAAGUUGAAGAAGCUACGGUAGAUAGCAUGGAAGUUGUCCGUUUAACACGACAAGUUGAGACAUUAUCGACUCAACAGUCUAUUCAAAAAAGCCAAUGGCUUCGCUCUGAAGAGAAGCUUAAAGCUGAAGUAGAAUUUUUAAACGAAAAUAACCGCAAACUGGCUCAAGCCGCUCAAGAAGAGUCCAAGACUGCCAACGAAAAGCUUUCUGGGUUUACAGAAAAAGAAGAAGAUUACAAAAAACAAUUGAAAUCUCAGAAGGAUGAAAUCGAGAAUUUAUUAAAAUCUAACUCUGAUAUUCGGCAAGAGUAUCAAUUAAAGAUUCAACUCUUACAACAAGAACUAGAAUCUACUGCGGUCAAAGCACCUACUGAGACAUUCCCGGAUACAUCUGAGACUCUUGAUACUAACUAUACCAAUGAAGAUGACGGAUUUUACGCUAAUGAUGAUGACGAUAAUGAACAUACUCCUACAAAUGUUUCUAAACCUAAUCUGGCAAAUAAUUGGAACGACAUAGAUAAGGAGAAGCAAAAUAUCGAUUCCCGUUCAGAUAUAAACACAACUUCGUCUAAUUUGAAUCGAAAUCGAUCGCCGUCUUUGGAGCUUAAGGAGGAGAACUUGAAUGAAGAGAGCGGGUUUUUUCCAAAAGAUGAUUUUAUUCAGGACUCAGAAGUUACAAAGCAAGAAGUUUUGGAAAACUACUUAGAUACGCUUGCGAUCUCUCCUACAGAACCAAAAGCACCCCGACUGCCGCGAACUGUGUCAGAAGGUAAAAGGAUGGGAAGACAGUCCUCAUCAAGGUUCGCUUCAAUGAAUAGCAUGGUUAUGUCUCCCAUGUCAGCCUCACAUGACUUUGACGCUUUGUCUUCUUUGUCAUAUACGCCAAGUAAUGGCGAAAAGCCAGCGAAUAACACUGGCCCAGAUAUGAGUCUUCUGGAACAACUAUCAUCGACGAUUCGCCGCUUAGAGGCAGAAUUACAGACUACAAAACAGCAGAUUGUACAGCUCAUUAAUCAACGCGAUCAAGCACGCCAAGAAAUUGUAAAUUCGUAUGUGGAUCGAGAAACGAAAGAAGCGUCAGAACGAGAACUUAUUGAGCUACGUGAGCUAUACACAAAUCUUCAAAAGAAACACGUAGAAACGCAAACUACCUUAAAGCAACGAAGCGACCGAGUCUUUGAGCUUGAGCUGGAUAUAAAAGAGAUGCGACAGCUUUACCAAAGUCAAAUUGAUCUCUUGGCCAGAAAUUGAGCCAAGGUAUAUAAGUUUGCAAAAGGAAUUCAUACUGAUUGGUUUGCGACCAUAGAACAUAUAGACAUAUAAUCUUAAAAUCGUCAUUUUAUUAAACAAUUCUUUCCUGAG